AUGGCUGAAACUACUUCGACUUUCAAAUCUAUUAAUUCAGGUAAUAUUUCAUCAACGAAUUCCGAUGUAAAUGAUUCAUUAUCAUCAACACCAGUAUCACCACGUUCAUUAUCUCCUUUUUAUGGAUGGUCAAUUAAAUAUCAGACAUUACCAAAAAAAACUGAUUCGCAAGGUAUCUGGGAUGGAUAUCAAACUAAAGAAGAAUUUAUAAUGAUGCAUAUUCGUUAA